CGGUUAGCGCGUUCGGCUGUUAACCGAAAGGUUGGUGGUUCGAGCCCACCCAGGGACGAACGUUUCCCUUUUUGUUCUCUCUCUCUCGCUUCAAAAUAACUCUUCAUACAACUCAUACUUGAUUUUGCCAUUUUGCGCAGGAAGAGUAAAGGGCAACGAACCAAAAAAAAAAAAUAUGAGGCCGAGGUGACCUCCCCCUUGUUAUAAAUGCAUUGUUUUUAGGAGUCAUUUUUUUUUCAAUUGCCUGUGACCCGGACCCCGACCGUGAGCAGCUCCCGGGUGGAGGGAGCCUAUUCGGCGCUGCACCAGGUUCCGGUUAAGAUGGCGUCGCUGCGGGUUCUGCGCCUUGGCAGAUUCGUAUCCAUUGUCUGCAGACCCAGUUCUCUCCUUGCUAAUCAAUCACGAUGCCUCCAUCAGACCACAGUGACAGAAAAUGCAGACAGCUCCGUACUAGCAAAACAGACAAGCGCUGCAGUAGCCACCAAGAAGUCUUUUCUUCCCAGCAAUAAAGGAGAGUAUGUCAUCACAAAACUAGAUGAACUGAUCAAUUGGGCCCGACGGAGUUCUUUGUGGCCCAUGACCUUUGGGCUCGCCUGCUGUGCCGUUGAAAUGAUGCACAUGGCAGCACCUAGGUAUGACAUGGACAGGUUCGGCAUCGUCUUCCGUGCCAGUCCUCGGCAGUCGGACGUUAUGAUCGUGGCUGGUACUCUCACAAACAAAAUGGCUCCAGCGCUUCGAAAGGUUUAUGAUCAGAUGCCUGAACCUCGCUAUGUUGUCUCCAUGGGCAGCUGUGCAAAUGGUGGAGGUUAUUACCAUUACUCCUAUUCCGUGGUGAGGGGCUGUGACAGAAUUGUGCCAGUGGAUAUUUAUGUCCCAGAUGCUCAUCUAGGAGGGGUCUAACGGAGCAGGGAAACACUUUCCAACUUGAACACUGGCUGUUACCAUCAGAUUUCCAUCAUUUACCUGAAUGGCAGAUUUCACUUGAUUACAGAACAGUGGAAUCCUGCAACAUGGAGGGAGAUCAUUCAGCCCAUCGUGGUUUAGCUGGAUCUUUGCAAGAGCAAUCCAAAACCAAUUCCAUUGUUUCCUUGAAUUGCUUCCAAUGCUAUUUGUUCCACCAUUAUGGUUUUCCUGUCGGAAAGUUGGAGUUGGCCUGCAAGGAUAAUGAAACAGUGAUCUUCUCAACCAUGUGAAAAGGUUGCUUCCAAUGUCCCUGGUGUAUGUAAUGUAUGUGAUUUGGUCCCAGCAUCUUCGCAAAUCGGAUCACAGAUUGUCUCAGUCAUUUAAAAUAAUAACAAAAAUAGCUGGAAAAGCUCAGCAGGUCUGACAGCAUCUGUGGAGAGGAAGACAGAGUUAACGUUUCAAGUCCGUAUGACUCUUCAUCACAACUAAAGAAAAAUAGUCAUUUGUCUGCCAUUUGUUGGAAAUAAAGAAGUCUAUUAUUUUA